AAAUCUUUCACAAUAUACUAACAUUAAUUAAACAAAUUCCACAUUUCUUCUUUCACUCCAAAAUCCUCAAAUGGAUUCAGAAGCAGAAACAAAAAUCUCCAAUAAUUGAUCAAUUUUGAAAAUUAGGGUUUCAUUUUCUUCAUCUUCAUAAAACCUAGAAAAAUUGGAAUCAGAAGAAGGUGGAGAAUGAUGAAGAGAUUAAUGGGUGGACCUGGAACAACGAGUGGAUUCUUAUUGAGGUUUGGACAAUGUGCAUUUGGUGCUGCUUCUAUUAGCGUUAUGACUUCAGCCCCUGGAUUCUCUACCAUCACCGCUUUCUGCUAUUUAACUGCAUCAAUGGGACUUCAAGUGCUCUGGAGCUUGGGACUUGCAUGUCUUGAUAUUUAUGCUUUGAGAAGAAAGAGAGACCUACAAAAUCCAAUUCUUGUUAGCCUUUUUGUCGUAGGCGAUUGGGUAACAGCCAUUUUGUCACUAGCAGCUGCAUGCUCAUCAGCAGGAGUCAUAGUUUUAUAUUCGAAAGACGUGGAUAUGUGUGCAGUUCAUAAGAAUAUUCCUUGCCACAGUUACCAGGUUUCUGUGGCCAUGGCUUUCGUCACUUGGGGUCUUACAGCUGUGUCAUCGCAUGUGAUGUUUUGGAUAUUGGCCUCAGUCUAGCUUGAUUUAUUUCCCUCAGCUUGACUGAUGACCACCAUGGACAUCACAAUAUCUUCGACAUCUCUGAUAUUUGGGGCAAAAUUUUCGUUAUUGUCCCUUCUUCAAAACUCUUGAUCCGUGGUUUAUGAGGUGUCAACAUAGUUGAGAUUUCAGUUAUCACAGUGAUGUUUUUGUAAACUUAGUUAUAGAGUUUUGGUUUUUAAUCUAAGCCUUGGAUAUGAUUAUGUGAUCUUUCUUCCUUAAUGUAGGCAAAUGAUUGUACUCAUGCUACAUUGUUGAUUUUGUACAUAAUCUUGUAUGUUAAUUUAGUAUCCUGGAAACCUUGAAAAGAAACCGGAGUUCGUAUUUCCCUUGUUAUGAUUUAAAAUUCAUGCUAUAUACAGAUUGCAUAUA